GUGUGUCUGCGUGUGUGUGCGUGUGCGUGAUCCAGCAGCUGUAAGCCUGUAUGCGUGAGUGUCUUUUCCACCAAUGCGUGCAGCGGCUCUUAUCUGGCAGCAGCUCAUAUAAGGAAGAGAGACGGUGCUGGGGGCUCAGAGCUCAGGAUGAAAGCACAGCCCUGCAGCCUUCGAGUGCGUCUGCCUGCGCUGCUCUUGGCCCUGGAGGCCCUGUUCCUGGCCCUGUACGUCUGCUUUGUUACCUACGCCGACGACCUCGAUGGCAAGCUGCAGAACAACCGCACUGACCCCAUGGACAACUCCCUGUACCGGGACUACCUGUUCUUCACCGACGUGCAGGUCAUGAUCUUCAUCGGCUUCGGCUGUUUGCUGUCCUUCCUGCGGCUCUACGGCUUCAGUGGCCUGGCCUUCAACUUCCUGACGGCCACCGUCUCUAUACAGUGGGCCGUCCUGGUGCAGGGCUACUUCCAGUUCUACGAGGACGGCAAGAUUCGGCUGGGCGUGGCCAACCUGCUGAGCGCGGAGUUCGCCUGCGCGGUGGUGCUGAUCAGCUUCGGGGCGGUGCUGGGGAAGACCAGCCCCGUGCAGCUGCUGGUCAUGGCCCUGCUGGAGGUCCCGGCGUUCGCCGUCACCGAGUGGGUGGUGCUGGAGCACCUGCGCAUCAACGACACCGGGGGCUCCAUCCUCAUCCACCUCUUCGCCUGCUACUUCGGGCUCGGCGUCACCUUCGUCCUGUACCGGCCGGGCCUCCGGGACGGCCACGCCAAGGAGACCACGGGCUACCAGUCGGACAUCCUGUCGGUGCUGGGCACCCUGUUCCUCUGGGUGUUCUGGCCCUCCUUCAACUCGGCGCUGGCCCUGAGGGGAGACGACCAGCACCGGGCCGUCCUGCACACCUUCAUCGGCCUGAGCGCCUCCACCCUCACCGCCUUCGCCCUCUCCGCCCUGCUCAGCCAGCGCGGCCGGCUCUCCAUGGCCGACAUCCAGAAUGUCACGCUGGCGGGCGGGGUCACCGUGGGCGCCUCGGUGGACAUGAUGAUCUCGCCGGCGGCGGCGUUCACUCUGGGGGCGCUGGGGGCCACGGCCUGCAUGCUGGGGUACAGGUACCUGACCCCCUUCCUGGCCCGGCGCUUCCGGAUCCAGGACCAGUGCGGCAUCCACAACCUGCACGGGCUGACGGGCCUCAUCUCCUGCCUGGCGGGGAUCUGGGCCAUCCUCACCGCCAAAGAGGACGUCUACGGCCCCAGCCUGUACCAGACCUUCGCCCACCGCGCGCCCCCCGAGGGGGACCCCAGGCUGCUGGAGCUCCGCCGGGAGAUCCCCGACCUCCUGCCCGGCCUGGGCCGCAGCGCGCAGGAGCAGGCCCUCUGGCAGGCGGCGGCCGUGGCGGUUGCCGUGGCUGCGGCGGCGGUGGGCGGAGUCCUGACGGGCCUGGUGAUGAAGCUGCCCUUCCUGGCGCCGCCCCCUGACGAGUGCUGCUAUGACGACGAGCUGUUUUUCCUCGUGCCCUCGGACUACGGGGGUGCUGGCGGGAGCAGGUCUCCUGUCAGCAGCCAAGACGAAUCGAAGGCCUGAAGGGGGGUGUGAGCACUGGCAGUUAGUGCAGAGACAUGUGCAGCAACCAGGUCUGGGUAGGACUGCUUUGCCAAAAUGCCCAAAAUUAGACCCAAAGUAGUUAUUUACAGUUGUUAAAGAGUAAAGGAACGGGGGCGGGUUCACUGCUGUCCUAACCAAAUUGCCAGCCUGGCUUGGCUGUCUUAUCUCUAGUCACCUUUCCUCCAUAAAUUGCUUUGAAAUAUUAAAAGAAAACAUGUGAGAGCUAUUAGAUAAACGCAGUCGUACAUGAUUAUUUGAUCAUUUACUAAUUGUUUUCGUAGCUGCAUUAUGCACAACAGAAGGUGCAAAGCUCACAGUUGUAUUCUUGCGAUUGAAAACGCACAGAAGGUACAGAAGUAGGAACCCAAAACAGACAAUGAAUAGUAUAAAAAUGCCAACAACCCCUUACACACAACCAACAGAAAAGACAGUGGAAAGAAUCAUGCUGCUUGCUGCUGUGGAGAAACACAUGCAGAGACAACUAAGCAUGGAUUUUACAGUGAAGAUUACAGUGGAUUUUAGCAGGGCAACUGGACGACAUAAAGUACUCUGUAACUUUGAUUUGCAUGGAGCACAAAUAAACUGCCAUGACUGCCAAUAACGCAGCUGCUCAGAUUCCAAAGUACAGCCCUGCACUCUUUAUAACAUAAAACGGAAAAUUCAAGUUAGCCAACUGUUUUUGAUUGCUACUCAGUAUAAAUGGUAUGUGUAAUACUAAUUAACACCUUCAUAUCUGCUUGUGUUCAUACGUUGGAGAAUAUACUGCUUAAUAUGUGGCACUUUUUUAUACAGUAUAUUACACAAUUUACACCCAUAAUUACUUUAUUGGGAAGGGGGGUAAUUUGAAAAUUGUGAAAUAUAUGCAGGUUGUUUUGAAAUAAAUGACAUAUACAUUUC